AUAUCUAAAUCCAUUCUUACGCCAAUGUUUUUAAAGUCGAGUAUUGUUAUUGUUCCAUCUUACUCAGUUUCAAUGCAAUCAUUUCAUUAUCCUUGUCAUGCGAUCUCUGAUUCGUAGAUGUAAGAUGGAUGUGAACAUUUCAACCAAUAAGGAAAAUAUAUUUGAAUUUGUAACGUUUUUGUUUCUUAUGUCGUUUUCUCACACAUUUUUAUAUUUCAGGUCGUAAUCGUAUUAUUUUAUAAGUAUGGAACGAAAUACAAAUAAUUAUAUAAAAGAAAUAUUUCAUAGUGUUCAAUUUAAUAAAACUUGUCAUCAGAGUAAUUUAAAAAAAUUGAAGAAAUGCUACGAACAGACUAAUGAAUCAGAUUUUUGGAACUGCUUUAUAUCCUGUUUUAAAGUUCCACUUACUUUUGCACAGCGACAUCCACGAGUUGAGAAUACUCUGGAGUUUGUUGCUAAAUUUGCCGCUAGUUUAUAUUCAGCCAUAAAUGAUAAUGAAUCUGAGGAACCGAUGUGUCCAUUUCUUUCCAACCUGUUUGAAUUUCUCCUAACGAAUCAUAGUGCAAAAGACAUAGGAGUAAGAUUUCGAGUUUGUCAUUUUUUGAAUAUGUUAUUAAAUUCUAUGGGUGAUCAGGCUUUUAUUGAUGAUGCUGUCUGUGAUAAAAUUACUGCUUCUAUGAUGGAUCGGUUGUUAGAUAGAUCGCCAAAAGUUAGAGCUCAGGCAAUUUUUGCUUUACAUAGACUUCAAGAUCCUACAGAUGAGCAAUGCCCUGUUAUAAAAAUGUAUAUAUUUCAUGCCAGCAAAGAUCCAAAUGCUAUGGUUCGUAAAGCAGCAUUGAUGAGCAUGGGAAAGAAUCAAAGUACUUUACAAGUUGCAUUGAGAAGAACCAGAGAUGUAGAUGAGGCAGUUCGUAAAAUGGCAUAUGAAUUCAUUAGUAAAGUAACAGUAAGAUCUUUAACUAUUACACAAAGAGAUCAGCUGCUAAAUGAUGGUUUAAAAGAUAGAUCUGAUAUAAUUAAAAGAACUGUUCAAAAUGUUCUAUUACCAUCAUGGUUAAGACAUUUUAAUGGUAAAUUCAUCAGUUUAAUAACAGCUCUUGAUGCUGAAAUUGGUACAGAUGUAUCUGUUUUAGCCCUAGAUUCUUUAUUUAAGAACACUGCAUUAAAUACAUUAAUAGAACAAUUACCAAUAGAUAAAGAGACUAAAUUAAUACCAGUGAAUAAAUUGGGCAGUGAAACUGCACUGUAUUGGAGAUGCUUAGUAAAAUAUGUUCAACGUGAAUCUUGUACAGAAGAAUUGGAAACAAUUUUACCAGAAUUAUCAAUGUUCUGCAAUUAUAUUUCCGAUUUCCUUACAGCAAUAUCCACACAACAAACCGAAACAUGGGUGAAUCAUAUGCAGAAAUUUGUCUUAUUACAGUUAUUUGAAAUAGUAACAACUUAUGAUUUAUCUGAUGAAGUUGGAAGAAAAAAGUUGAACGAAUUAAUACGUAAUAUUUUAAUGGGUAAUUACUGGACUGAAAAACUUGUUGAAUGUGCAGUAACACACCUAAAAAACGUUAUACCCGAUGUAAAUAGCAGACUAGAUACAUUAGCUAAUAUAAUCAGUGAAAUUAGAUUGCCUUUGAAAGAAACUAUAACACAAACACAAAUCACGGAGGAACAACAACACGAGAUUAACUUAAAAAGAGCAAAACUUAAGGUAAAAUUAUUAGAAUUAAAAGAAGAAGAAUAUCAGGCUAUACAAGACAAACAGUAUUUAAAGGCAGAUGGUUUAAAAAAUCAAAUAAACGAAUUGAACAAGGAAAUAGUAAAAUUAUCAGAAAAACCUCAAGUAACACAAACUAUAGUUAAUGAAGAGAUCAAAGAAAAGAGCGAUUCUGCAACAAUGAUAAAAUGUCUAACUAUAAUAUGUACAAUGAUGCAGUCUGUAACUUCGUUAACGCCAACACUUAAAAGCCUUAUGCAAAUAGCGCUUGAUAGUUUAGAUCAUCCGGAUGAUAAAGUACAUAUAUUAGCAUUAAAAGCAGUUAGUGUUUGUUGUAUAUUGGACAGGGAAUUAGCUAAACAACAUAUUAUGAUGUUAUUCUUACAAUUUUCUUUGGAACAAGAAAAUCCAGAUAUUUGGAUUGUUGCUUUGAAAGGAAUCUUCGACCUUUUAUUGUUAUACGGCCUGGAGCAUUUUGAUAUAUUAGAAAAUGUACCCGAUAAUACUGGUAGUAAAUCAGAAAAAUCUCGCACUAAAUUAUUUACAGAUACCGACACAGAAGUUUCUGUAGCAUCUCUACGUAAAUCAGAAGCAGAACGAGGCAAUUGUAAUUUUAUUAAAAUUAUAGCCGGAUUAUUAGAUAAUGCAAAUCAAGGACUAAGAACAGUUGCCGCGGAAGGUCUUUGCAAAUUAUUACUUCAUCGACGAAUUACUAGUUCGAGUUUAUUGUCAAGAUUAAUAAUUUUAUGUUACAAUCCUGUAAACGAUAGCGACUUCUAUCUUCGACAAUGUCUAACUGGUUUCUUCGAUAAUUUUGUCACAUUCGUACCCGAUGCACACAUGUUAUUAGAAGAAGCAUACUUGCCGACCUUACAAAUUUUAUGUAAUGCACCAGACAUCAGUCCCUUACAAGAAAUUGAUCCUUAUGAAGUGUCCAGGUUUAUAUUAAACUUGACUAGGCUUGAAACUCGUAAACCUGGAGGAGAGAAUUUCUGUGCUCAUAAUAGCCUCGUUUUUUCUAUUUUGGCAGAGGUAUUAAAUACAGAAAGCAACAUUGACAAAGAAACUCUUAUUAAAUCGUUGAAAGAUUUGCAUUUGGAAUUGGACGAUAACACGUCUAAAAAAAACUUACAGGAAGCUAUCAAUAAAGUGAUGGAAAUGGUAGUUUCUGAUAAACGGUUAGUAAGAUACGUCGAACUUUUUACGAAAAAGUUAAAUGCUCCUAAUGCUACCGAUGUAGCAGAAGAUGAAGACACUGAAGCUGAUGAAUGAGUAAUUGUUCUUAAUAGGAAUGUAAUUGAACUAAAUAUGAAUUAUUAUAUUUAUAUUUUACAUAAUAUUGAAUUAAAUUUUAUAUAUUUCCCGAGCAUAUAUUUUAUAUAUUUCCCGUUUAUAUAUGCAAUGUUUUAUAGAAUGUUCACGAAAUAAUAAAAAUCUCUGAAUUCCACGUAACAUUUUAAAAUUUUUCAUUUUUAACUCUUUCACGCCUAGCGCCGAUUAUAUCCGGCAUUCACAAAAUACUUCACAUCGACUUACGCCGGAUAUAGCCCGCAUUCACUAAACGCGUCGUAUUGGCCAGUGACAGUAAGGACACGCGAAUUGACAUCUUAAUUAUGUUAAACUAGCGCAUAAGAAGAAGUUCCUGCAACGAGUAAAGUUUGUUUGUUUUCUAUCUUUUUGUAGAGUAUCACAGUUAAAAGGUAAUUAAUAACAUUACAUACAGAAAAAUAAGUAAACCAGGUUAUUAAGUUGUUACAUCCAGAGGAUCUUUAAUUCCUCCUAUCCGUUUCAAAUAUUAAUAAGUGAUGUAGGUUUCGGUACUCUUUAAAAUGAAGUAUAAAAAUCUAAAAAAACGGCAACUGGUGAACGAGACUGCUUCGGAAAGUUGUGAUGAAAAUGAAUCACAUAUAAAUACAGCAAAUCAAAGAAAACGACUAUUAAAUGUACUUAGUACAUCAGAAUCUCAAGAAACUGAUAACGUUAACGUACGAAGUACCAACCAGUCAGAUAUUACAUGGACUUCGAAAAAAUUUAGGCUAAUAAUUCAUGAUUUUACAAAACAGCAAUCGGUUAUUCAAACAAAUAUAAGAUUCUGGGGAUUUCUGCAAUACUUCCAGUUGUUUGUAUCUGAAGAACUGGUAGAAUUCAUUGUUGAAAAAACAAACAACUAUUGGAGACAAAUAAAUUCUGAUGACCUUAUAGCUGGAACAGACCUGGAUGAAUUGUGAGUAUGAAAUAAAUUCAGCCAAAAGUAUUCCUCACAAAACACCGCCUCUAGCGUUCAAAUGGCCCAACAUUUCUUCAUCCGAUGCUCCUGGUGCGAGACAUGCGUAUGCACGACGGGAGGUCAAUGUCAAAAGUCAGAUCUAAUUUACAAUCACAAUAUUCAAUAAACAGAUCCACUGUCUUAAAAUUCUUGAGAGCAUUAACAUCUAUGCUCCUGAGAGAUGAACCAGGCACCUUUGCAAGUUCACACUUUUACCAUAUACAUGUCAAUUCAAACAUAAUGGUUUAAUCUACAGAUUAUCUUAUCUUGCUUGAUCCAUAUCAAUUUUCAAACUUAUCUAAGGCUUCUCAAGGCGUGUUAGAUGUCUAAAUUAUUUAUAUUCCACUUAUGUUUACUUAUAGUUUUGUAGCGGCACAUGAGUCAAAGGACAAUUCAGAUCAUGUUGUUGUUUUGCCUUGGAGUAUCAAGAUCGUUAGGAUACAAGUAAUGUAAGAACAAAUAGACUCCGGGCAAAACAAUGUCGCCGCUACAUACAACCGUCGAAUGAAGACGAAUUCAAAUUUUCCGACUUCCCCCCGACCAGUAUAAAUAAACGGUCACGAUCGCAAGCGGACAGUACAUACCGAGUAUCUAACAGUGUCUACCGAGUUGCGCGACGAGCAUUAACGAGUAUUUAUCCGCGAUUUUAUUUUGCGAUUUAUACUUUGUACUAACGACUCACGUAUACAGGCUGUACAUUAAUUUAUUAUUCUAAAUAUAUUCGACGGUUCCAACAACGA